AUGUACCGGCGCAGCUACGUCUUCCAGACCCGCAAGGAGCAGUACGAGCGCGCCGAGGAGGCGCCGCGCGCCGCCGAGCCCGAUAGCCUGGCGGAGGGCCGGACGGCGGCGCCCAGCCUGGCCGCGCUGCAGGGGCCUGCUCUGGGCCAGUGGGCAGGGCAGGCUGGACAGGCCACAGAGUCAGUGCCCCUGGGGCAGCCCUCGACCUCUGACAGAAGAGAAGGCUCCUUCCCAAAUGACUCCGCCCUCAUUCCCUAUAAGCUGCUCCUAGUAUCCAUCAUGGCCUUCUUCCAAGAGUCAAAGCCCUUGAUGUGGGAAGCUGAUGAAGCCUUACUGCAUAACCUGCGCCUUCAGAUCGAAGCCCAGUUUCUGCAGGAUGAUAUCAGUGCAGCAAAGGACAGGUACAAAAAGAAUCUUCUGGAAAUUCAGACCUAUGUUACCAUCCUGCAGCAGAUUGUCCAGACCACCCCUCAAGCAUCUGCCAUUACAAGUGGGAUGAGGGAGGAGAAGCUCCUGACAGAACGAGAAGCCGCUGUCCUGCAGAGCCAGCUGGAGGAGGGCCGGGAGGUAGUGUCCCUCCUGCAGGCACAGAGAGCCGAGCUGCAGGCCCAGACACAGAAUCUGGAGCAGGCUCUUAAAGAUGCCCACGAGUGUUACGAUGACGAGAUUCAGCUCUAUAACGAGCAGAUCGAAAGCCUGCGGAAGGAGAUUGAGGAGACUGAGAGGAGCCUGGAGAGGUCUUCCUAUGACUGCCGGCAGCUGGUGGUCGCCCAGCAGACCCUGAAGAACGAGCUGGAGCGGUACCACCGGAUCAUUGAGAACGAAGGCAACAGGCUGAGCUCUGCCUUCAUUGAAACUCCUGUCACCCUGUUCACCCCAAGCCAUGGAACCUUUCUCAGCUCUCGGCUUGGUGGGAAAGAUCUCACUAGGGCUGUGCAGGAUAUAACAGCAGCAAAACCAAGACAGAAAGGUCUCCCCAAGAACAUUCCAAGGAAAAAGGAGAUUAUAGCUAAAGACAAAGCUGAUGAGAGUCUGGAAGACAUACCACUGAAAGGUCCAGAAGACACAAAGCUGGUACAGGUGGUACCCAAAGAAGAAGGUGAGUCUAAGCUUGAAUUAGGAGCCGAAGAAGCAAGUCUCCCAACCCCAGAAGGGGCUCCAGAAGACGUGCCAGAUGGAGGGCAGAUAAGCAAAGCCUUUGGGAAACUGUUCAAGAAGGUCAAAGACAAAGUGAAAAGCCCCAAAGAACCCGAACCUCCGGCUGACCUCUACACCAAAGGGCGGUACGUGCUGGUUUCUGGGGAUGCCAGUUAUGUGGACCCUGGGUUCUGUUCCUUCUCCAUCCCAGCCAAAGGUGGAGUGGUUAUUUCCAUUGAGGAUGACUCUGUACAUCGCGACAGCACUGUGGAGCCCUCUCCUGAGCCACCCGGGCCCCCUGUGGAGAAUGGACAGGGGGACCUUCAGGAGAAGGAAGGCGGAAAGGCACCUGACCAGCAUACUGCCGACAAGAAGAAUGAGAUUAGUGCCGAAGAACCGAAAGGGCCUGGGGAGAAACAUGAUGACCAGAAGGAAGAGAAGGAAAAGGAGGAGGAGGAGGAGGAGGAGGAGGAGAAGGAGGAGAAGGAGGAGAAGGAGGAAGAGGAGGAGGAGUCGUCGUCGUCCAAGGGGCCCUGUCCCGUGAUCACACCUGGUCCAGAGGGACCAUCUACACCCCAGUCGCAAAGGCCUGGGAUCGGUCAGGGUGGAUCUGGGGGGCAUACGGCUAGGAGCAGUGAUGCACAGGAGAGAAGUCCGCCCAGGACUUUGGCAUAUGAGAAGGUGGAAGUGAUGGAAUCCAUUGAGAAGUUUUCCACGGAGAGCAUCCAGACGUAUGAAGAAACGGCUGUCAUCGUGGAGACCAUGAUUGGGAAGACAAAGGCAAACAAGAAGAAAUCGGGAGAGAAGAGCUCUUAA